AUGUGGUACCGAGCUUCUGUUCUGUAUGCUUUUCCGAUCCCGGCUUCUAUUUGGCUCCUUGUCUUCGCAUUCGCUCUCGACAAAGAUGGAGACAACGUGAAAGGCAAGGUAGUGAAAACGCCAGAGGGAACCGAAAAAAGAGAGAGCAAUAAUGACAGCGUUCUUCCGCGUGCAGAUGACGAUGUGGCAUCAGCAUUCCUAGAUUCCACCAACGGGGAGUGCGAGACCACAGGCCCCGGGUUCGCACCUGAGGCGGAUUAUGAGUUGAUACUCACGUCGCGAGAGGCUUUGGCCGAGUACGGGGUUCAUGUUUCAGGUGAUAGUGGCCAUGUUACCCAUCUGACGUAUCGAGAUCGCGUUGCAAUGCCACGUGUACCGCAACUCUUGCAAGAUAGAGUCACCGAACAUCACGACGAGGAGCUCACCAGAAGCGGCUUUUUGCAAGGUCGGGAAGAAGUUGUCUUGGUCCGAUCCCGAAGCCUGGAGCAACCACUUGUUUGUGGAGCGUGCUUCCGUGGAUACCGGCCGGGUCCUUUCAAGGAGGACGUUACGAUCCAAGACGUCGAGGCGUUUGCUGGUUCCAUCCCGCAUACGAUUGUGCUGAAGGCCACGUUGAGUCUUCAGCACAGCUCGGAUCGUGUGGUCCAUGAUUUGGCAGAAAACUCGAGUUUUUUGUUUUUCGGAACAGUCCCCGCCCCUUCGCCGUCCCUGAGUGUGUUUGCUCUCGGGUCGCUGAAGACAGAGUCAAGAGGCACGGUGGAAAGAUGUGACUCCACCGGACCGGUGUUCUUGUCAUUCGUGGGUUGGAGAGAUAUCCGACAGCUAGCUCUGAUGUAUGGCCGAGCCCCGGGGGGCGGGGGUAUCUUCAUGUUAGCGGCUGUUACGAUAUCAAAACGCCCCAUAUCGCAAAAGGCUUCUGAGGUCAUAAGCCCGCUUCCAAUGCUCGGAACUACUUACAAUGUCGAGAGCGCAACAGGCCACGGCGCGUGGCAGGGGAUUGAUGCGGGGACGCCAUCUCGAAAAGACAUGGCAUAUGUUGUUCGUGCUGUGUGGAACAUGAUGGUUAAAGUCCUGAUUGCAGGCUUUCCAGACAGCGUCGAGGAGUUCUUGGGGCACCUGCCGCCCUACACGCUGGCCAACCAAGAGGUGGAGCUCCACGUAGCAGGGGCUACUAUUGGACGGCACAUGGCUAUUCUUGUGCGUUUCCUUUCGAGUAGAGCGUCUCCGGAUCAGUCGUUUGAUUCAUGUUUUUUCUUGCUGAAAGUCGCGAGGGCGGAGCUGGCGUAUCCUUACUACCCACCUUACGUCGGCGGAGACACAGUUCGUGACAACCGACGCUCUUGUCAACAGGGACGCGCAGCUGUUCACAAGGUUCCUCAGGCCAUGACACUGGAAAUCCUCUUCUUCGUUUUCUCUCAAAUUGCACUUCGGCGCAAUCGUGGGAUAUCCUUUUGA